AUGUCUGCAAGCCAUAUAGCUGCAAACAGGAACAGCACGCCCGAGGGUUCCAGCUCGCUCCGCCCGCCCCAAACCCGCAGCUCCCUCGGCGCUGGCCAUCAUUUACGUGCCUCCACUGAUCUCGGCGGCUUCCCCUCCCCGCUUGCCAACCGUGGCAUUCGUCCCGCCUCGGAGAUCUACUUUGGCCGCAACAACACGCAGUCGGGCAACCCGGACGAGAUGGAACGUGCCGCUCAGCAGUGGCUGGCCGACAUCGACCAGUACGAGACGACGCUCGAAGAAAUGGCGACAGCCACGCUCGACCAGGACUUCAAGGACGAGUUGAGUGCCAUCGAGCAGUGGUUUCGCGUGCUUAGCGAGGCCGAGAGGACGGCCGCGCUCUAUGCUUUGCUCCAGCAGACGACCCAGGUGCAGAUCAGGUUCUUCAUCCAGGUUCUGCAGCAAAUGUCCAAGAACGUGCCCAUGUCUGGCGUGCUCUCCCCUGCCAACUUUGGGGAAAAGGAUCCCAUGACGCAGAAAUUGACUGACGCUAUGAGCAAGCUCAACACCGGCGAGAACCGCCACUCCAUGGGUCUAGGCCGUCCGCCGCCGUCCCCCGGCGCCGGCAAGCGCAACUCUGGCUUGGAGUCGUCCACGAUCAAUCGCAUGUUCCCGGAUGCUGCCGCCGCCAUCGCUAAGCAAAAGGCGGAGUUUACUGAUGUGGUAGGCGUUGCGCCGGCGUCGAACCGCAAUAGCACCGUGGGCGACCGCACUUCGCUGGCCGCCCCUACCAUUAGUGCUCCCGAGGACAACAGCAAGAGGGACAACAAUGCUCCGCCUGCAUCGCCUUGGAACGAGGGCAACCGCCCCAAAUCCUCUGGUCAGCAGCAACAGCAGCAACAGCACCAGCCAAUGGGCCAAUUCACUCAGCCUCCGCCUUCCGCCGGCCUCCGCUCUCCUCGCCUCCCCCUUCAGAAUGAAAACAGCAACGUGCAAACCACUACGCUGAAUGCACUCGAGGCAAACUCGGUCAAUGUGCCGUUGCUUUCGCCUGCUUACGCCCCAGGUGGAAGCUGGGCUUCGCAGCUGAGCACUCCCAUGGUCGGCAACUUCAACCAGUCGAACAACCAAGCUGAUAUGGUUGCCAAUGCCACUGCCAUGAAGCUGGCCGCCUUGUCUACUGUGAACAAUCGCAUCCAGUUGGAUGACGUUCGCAAGUUCCGCCGCGCUCGUUCUUCGGACAAUGGGCCCAUGUCGCCAGGCAUGCCUCAAAUGGGCAAUGGAAACAUACUCAUGACUAACGAAAUGGGCCAAGUACUGACCCCACAGCAGGCUGCAGCUCUGCAGGCGCAGCAACUGGCUGCCAUGAACGGCCGCCGGUCCCGUCCCAGCUCCCCCGGUUUCGCCAUGCAGGCCCAAGGCAUGGGUGCCAUGGGUAACUUCACCUCGCCUCAGGCCAACGGUUUCCUAGCUGCAGACUACGGAGGCGGUAUGAUGAACAACGGAAUGGGUGCAUUAAACCUCGCCCAAUUUGGCCUUGCUGGAGCUGGCACCAACGAUGGACAUGGCUUCCUCGGUGACAACAUCGACCGCGGUCGAUCCCCCCGAGGCCGUCGCGGCAGCUCAAAGCCUCCGGAGGACCCCACUGACCCUGGACUGCUUUCGGAUAUUCCCAACUGGCUUCGGAGUCUCCGCCUACACAAGUACACAGAUAACUUGAAGGAUCUCAAGUGGCAGGAGCUUAUUGAGCUUGACGAUGAAGGCUUGGAAAAGCGCGGAGUCAACGCACUUGGUGCACGCAGGAAGAUGUUGAAGGUUUUCGAGCAGGUCAAAGAAGCCCAAGAUCACGGCAAGCUGCGAUAGGCUCGUGGCUCGUUGCUUGUGUUGUCUCGACGUAUGAAGGACUAGUCCGCCCCUGAACAUAGAUAUACGAUAUAAAAGCGACAAUCUCCAGCUGGCACGGACGUACAUGAUACGUCAGGUCUGGAACGCAUAUGAUUACAUGUUUUGUGCAUUAGGACCUUAUUUGGAUUUUGCUUUCUUGGCCUGUCCGACACUGAGGGGUUUUACAUUUCAACUAUACUCUUGGAUGUGUUUAGUGCGAUUAUUUCUAGGGUAGACCGGGUCAGAAUGGGUAGGAGUAAUAAUGGCAUUGUGUGUUCCACGCAAAA